CGGUGGUAAAACCGCGAUCGGUCAGCGACCAUUUGGCAAGACAACUAAAAGUCAAAAACGAGUGUGUUGGCCCUAUUUUUAGUGAAACAAAAAUCAAAUCAACGUAAUUUCAAUAUUAUAAUGAGAUCGCCAUUUAAAUAUUCAUUUAACUAGACGAAUUACGUGUCUGAGUGCACAUAUCUGUUGUUCUUUGUUACAUCAUGAAUAAAAGUUUAUCGAGGGAAGAGAAUUGAUUUUCUUUACGGUAAAAAUUGAUGGAAACUGAUAUUAUGGAGGUGAGAGGGGCUGGAGACGGGGCUGCGGCCGUGGAGUAUGUCCGACCUCCUUCGAAACGAUACUCCUGGGCUGAAGUAAGACAGGCCGUACACGAUUUAAGAAAGGAAUUAUCAUGCCUAUCGACAAUGGUCCCGAUUGCUAUAAGUUUUCGUAAAUUAGGCAAUGGGAAGACCAGGAUAUAUUUUUUGAGGAACCCACAGAAUGGCUGGGAGAUCACGUUGCUGUAUACUGAUGUUUUGCCUUCACAACAGCCAAAUAACUCAAGAUUAGACUGGAAACCUCUAAUAGAGUCGAACGUGGCUCUCGGAGUGACAUCAGGCAAGUGGUCAAGAGAGGAACAGCUUCUAUGGGAACGCCAGAGAGUAGCAGCAUGGGGCAUAGCCUCCUAUGAACUGCAUCAGGCGACAGGACGCAUCAUGUUUCCCUGUGCUUCCUCGCUGUUUGUGGCUGAUGAGGGACUUAGUCAGUCACCCCCCCUAGUUCCCCGUUCCCUCAACACGGGAGGGGGGGCUCCUCUCACCCCGGCGAUGUGUCCCCGAGCCCCCGACCUGGUGGCUCACGCGGCGAGGGGUGAUAUCUGGCUCGCUGGGGGGCAGCUGAGGCGUCCUACUAGACUUACGUAUGCUUGUAAGGGACAUGAACCUGAUCGGUUAGCAGACGACCCCCGGCAGGCCGGAGUGCCAUGCUACGUGACCCAGGAGGAGUUCUCAAGAUACACGGGUUUCUGGUGGCAACCACAGGCUGAAGAUGAUGUGUUCAGAAUAGUGUACGAGGAGGUGGACGAGAGCGAAGUCAAGAUCUACAGCUUCCCGUCUUCGCAGACCACCAGCGGAGAAGUUGAGGAGUUCAGAUUCCCUCGCGCCGGUACACCCAACGCCAAGUCCUCGCUGAAGAUGGUCACGUUCAGAUUGCAGAAGGCGGCUCCCACCACAGUCCUGGACUAUUAUCAGGAGGGGGCUGCUGAACACUCUGGUGAAUCAACAAAUGGCUGUAUGGAAGUGACGGAUAUCCGGUGGUAUGAGUUACGCCAGCCGCUGAAGGAAACCUUCCCCUGGUUCGAGUACCUGGCCAGGGUCGGCUGGACACCUUGCGGACAGUAUGUCUGGGUGCAACUCCUAGACCGUAAGCAACAGCGAUUGGAGCUGGUAUUAAUACCGCUGUCACAGUUCUGUACUCCGUCCCGAUAUGACACAGAUGACGCGCCUACUGUGAGGCACGAGCCGGUGAUUAGUGAUCAGGCAAUCCAAGACAUCCAGAUCUUAGUAUCAGAAACGGCUCCAGACGCUUGGAUCAACGUCCACGAUAUUCUAUAUUUUCUACCAUCAAACGGCUUAGAAAUGAACUUUAUUUGGGCGAGCGAAGAAAGCGGACAUUUACACCUAUAUUUAGUCACUUGUGCUCUAAUACAGAAGAGUACUGCGCAGAAUAGAUCCGUCAUAGAAAUGAUAACGGAAGACGAGAGCAACGCCGUAGGACCGAACAUGAUCAGCAAAGAGCCAAUCACGGCUGGCGAGUGGGAGGUCAUGGCGAGAAAGAUAUGGGUAGACGUGGGUCGGCAGCUGGUAUACUUCGUGGGUCUGCGCGAGACGCCGCUCGAGCGACAUCUGUACGCCGCGCCGCUCGCGCCGCCGCGACCCCAUGCGGUGACGUUGCUGACCAGCGUGGGGCAUUCUUGUGCUGUCGAUAUUGAUGAGGACUGCACAAUGGCAGUGAUAACAUCUUCGAACAUAAGCAGUGUGCCCGUAACGAGGGUAUACAGGAUCACCACGUCACCACCGCGCUUACUGGUGCAGGGCACCAUCACUGAUAGACCUCCUUCAGCAGAAUCUCUGGAGAUACGAAGUUUCAACGGUUCGUGGGACAGCCGGUCCGGUGACGGAGACGAUACGGAUAGCGAAACCGGAUCCUUAAUCAGAGAACGUUCACUCAGCAUAUCAGAGAUCCCGGCGCCCACAAUAUACGAGACCCGUCUGUCUUGCGGCGCCACCGCGUACUGUACACUGUGGCGCUGCGGCCGCCCGGGGCGGAGCCCUACCGUGCUGCACGUGUACGGGGGCCCCGAGGUGCAGACUGUCACUAAUAGUUAUAAGGGUAUCAGACAGCUUCGCAUGCAUAUGCUGGCGGCGCGAGGGUUCAACGUGGUGGCGGUAGACUCGAGAGGGUCCAAGCACCGCGGACGAGCCUGGGAGGCUGCUAUCAAAGGGAAGUUAGGACAGAUCGAGUUGGAUGAUCAGGUGGAAGUUUUACAAUGGUUGGCUAAAGAGACCGGUUGUAUAGACAUGGAGAGAGUCGCCAUCCACGGUUGGAGUUACGGUGGCUACCUAUCCCUGCUGGCGCUGGCGACGCGGCCGGCGGUGUUCCGCGUGUGCGUGGCGGGCGCGCCGGUGACGUGCUGGCGCCUGUACGACACCGCCUACACCGAGCGGUACAUGGGCAGCCCCGCCCGCUCCCCGCACGCCUACACCCGCGCCUCCGUGCUGGCACACGCGCCCUUCUUCCCCGACCAGGAAGGUCGUCUGCUGAUCAUCCACGGCUUGGCGGACGAGAACGUCCACUUCUGUCACACGGCCGCGCUCACGGCCGAGCUCGUCCGCCUCGGGAAACCGCAUCGAGUGCAGGUAUACCCGGGAGAAAGGCACUCUCUCAGAGCGAUGCACGCCGCCAAACAUUACGAAGCUACCCUACUACACUUCUUACACGAAAAUCUAUAAAACCUUAUACACUACUGUAUGGGAAAUAUAAUAUAAACAUGGAGCAUAAAAUAAAUACCGGAGAUGUCAUAACAUGCCUGUCGGGCUGCGGGAUUGUUCGCGUGAGUUACCGCGGCGCUGGUACAUGGCGGGCUUCAGAAGGAACAUGGUGGGUUUAGUCAGUAAGAGUCUGACACUCCCGAGCGCUGCACCCACAGCGAGAGUCGUCAUUUGAUAAUUUCCCUUAAAAAAAAUCAUCAAAACCAUUGAUAUACAAAAACCCAAGAUGCACAGUCUCGAAUAAAAGUAACGCUCGAAAGUGUCCUCAAACACCAAUUCUGUCUCUUUCUAUAAGAUACAAGCAUACGUUGUUGCAAGUUCAACUUUACGCGAAUUGAUUAAAGUUGUUAUUACAACGCACUGUAGUUAAAGCAAUAAAGUUUUACGACCGAAGUGGUCGCUAGGACAAAGCAAAUGAGCGCACAAUUUUGAAUGUUGCGCUCAUUUGGUGAGGACGUUUUUGAGACGUUGAGUGUGCAUCUUGGGUUUUGACGUGACAACGUCUUAUAAAUCGAUGGAGCCGGCUGCACGCACGAAAAAACAUGACUCAUGCGGCGUUACCUCGCUCUGAGGCGUUACCUCGCUCUGAGGCGUUCCGUUUAAGGCUUGAAGUGCAAGCGAGAGCACGCAGCGAGCGACAAAGAGGCACAAUCGGCUACUCACGUUGUUACGUUCAACUAUCGUCAGUAAAACGACUUUACAGACAAUGGUUUUUGUAUAUCAAUGAUCAUAACGCAAAAUCUCCUAAGAAAGUAGCGCGACAACAUGCGGGUGCGAGGGGGACGAGGAACGUUACUAGCUCCGCCCUAAACCGCCGAUUAUUUUCAAAAUAAUAUCACCAAUCUUUGACAGAUAGGUUUUGAUUUGACAAGGAACCCGAACGUCUCGUUAGUUCUAGUAACUGAUCACGCCUACCGUACGUUGCUUGAGCUACAAGAAGGCGCCUGACCUACCUUCCUUAUGGCAUCUCCGCUAUCUUUCCUUCCUCCGUGGAUAUUACUUACUAUAGAUGUUUUUCACGAAAGCGGGUAAGCUAACACUUGUGUGUGUAAAUAUACACACAUUACACACACAAGUAGUCUCACGCUUUCAUGAGAUAAAACAUCUUACCAAUAUGCAAGAGAAAGAAAAACAUUAAAAGUUGCGCCACAGUUGGGACGCAGUGGCCACGCAGUUGCCACGCUAUCAAUAAAAAAAGUAUUAUAACUACAUCCUUAUCAAAUUCACAGCGUUCAGAAUAUUUUCUCAUUCAAGUGGUUGGAAGAUAAUUUUCAAUGCAAUUACAAUAUAAUAAAACAAUCUACAAUAUUUUGUUUAUUUAUUUAUUGCAAAAUAAGUUGCGCCACUGUUGCGCGAUAGUUGCUUUAAAGUUGCCUUAUCAAUGCAAUCUUUUACUAUUGUAAAGUCACUAUAAUCAUCGGCAAGGAUAUUGAGCCCUGACCUUCACCAGAAGUGAUUUAUUGGUUUAUUGCCAUAAGGCAAUAGGGCAAUAGUUUGCCGUAAGGCAAAGUGGGGAUCGAUUUGCGCACUGUACACUUAUGUGUACAGUGCGCAAAUCGAUCCCCACUCUUCCGCCGAGAGCUCAUUAUCCGUGCCGAUAACUAUACAUGUUGAGCCAAUAUCGGAAAAGAAAAGUUAUUUGACAAGAAACCUAAGGGUCCGAUUUCACUAAUGUGGAGUGAGGAAAAACUUCUCUCCACUUUGGUAGAAUCAAGGUUUAACUUAUCUAUACGGUUUUUGAAGUCAAAUUUCUUUAAAUCAUAUCUUUUAUUUAAAAAAAGAUGCGUUUUUUGCUAUUUUUGCCUCAUUUAAAAAAAUAUUUUUGAAACUGCCACCCAUCCAUUUGCAUACCGCGCCGUUCAAAGCACCCCAUACAAACAUUAACUUGUAAAAUAUUAAACUAGUGUUAAAUAAUUAUGUUAAUCUUGUACAUUCUCGUAAACAACUGGACCGAUUUCGAUGAAAUUGUUACGAAUGGAUUGACGGUGCUGUGCGAGUGAGACUGGGUUUUCGAAGAUAGGAUAAUGAUUUUAUGCAAAAUAUGAAAUACUAGCGAUCCGUCCCUGUUUCGAACGGAUAGAAAUACUUAACUAAUCUAAAUCUUUCCUUAUGAAUCAGCCUAUCUAUUGGUGAAAAUUGCAUGAAAUUCCGUGCAGUAGUUUUUGAGUUAGUCGCAAACAAACGGACUAAGGACAUAUAAAAAUGUGAAAGCCUGUCUCACUCGCACAUCUGCUAAAUUGAAUUCGCUAGAAAGAGACGCGAGAUGGAUAAAUUUAAUUAUAUUAGAUAGAUACUGUGUUAGAAAAUGUAUUACAAAAUGUAAAUAUUUUUUAAUAUUAAUAAAAAUAUAUGUUUUUAAAAAUCCAA